AAUCUUUUGUGUUUCUUACAUCAUUUGCGAAUCGGACUCGCAGUUUCUGGAGUUCAGAAAGUUACCUCCUUCUGGAAGCUAAGGUUGUCUUAAUCUAACCAGAUCCAUCACUUCGCUACAGCCAUGGCGGUGUUUCUUUGUCCAAGUGAUUUUCCGGUAAUGUACUAAUGUGGCUACCAGCUUAUCUGGGUUUGAGUCAGAUCUAACUCUUGUGAAGUUUCAAGGAUGGAUUUGCACUUGGAGAGCUUGUUCGGUAGGUUCCAGGACCAAUUCGGGUCGGGUCCGGGUCUGGGACCCGGAUCUGGGGUUUGUCUGAUGAAGGUUGAAGGCAUAUCUCCUACCAUCGUCAAGUCUAUAUUUAGAGCUUCAGCUUCUCUGUACAGAACUGAGCCAUGGAGGAGGCUCCGACCGGGUCAUUUGUUUGGCGUUCGGGUCGGGAAAGACUCGGAUUGGUCAGGCAAGAAACAGCCUUUCCCCUGUGUUCAGUUCAUAGGAGGAGACGGUGGAGACAUAUCAAUCUAUAUGUAUAGAUCCCGAAAUGAUGCAGAGAAAAUGAUAGAAGAUCCGAGGGAAAUGGCUCGGGUCCCGAAAGUCGAGGUCUUGAGGGUUACAUAUGAGCUCGAGUCAUUGAUGUUUCCUUCUAACAAGAAGAUGAUCAAGAGCCUGUCUUUAGAAGUUUCCGGAACUGAUCGGUUCCCGGUUGUUGAUGUUGCUCGGUGCACGGCCUCGGGUGAACUCCGGUUCAGAAACCCAACACUGGAAGAGCUGAGGUUUGUAUAUGCAGUCAUGAAAGCUCUUUCAUUGGUUCAUCCAUUGCUUCAAGAGGAGAAACAAGGUGGUCUUCGAUGGCCGAGGAUGAUAAGCUUUGUACCGUUUAUAGAGACGGUUGAUGUUCAAUGGCCCGUGGAGAUGAUCGUAAAGGGAAAUGAUUUCGUCGCUGUCACGGUUUCACACCCUCCUGGCCAAUCAUACGAGGAAAAUCCGACAUCCAUGGUGGAAACUGAAGAAGAUCGGUUAGAAACCAUUACAGAAAGAGCAUUACUUGAUCUGGGAUCUUCAGAUACUGUCUCUAGAAAGUGUGCAAUGUGUCUGAAAGCAAUUCACAGAGAUAAAUCUCUUUGCUGCAGCCAUUGCAGUGCAACGAUCUACUGCAGUUCAGACUGCGAGAAGCGGCAUUGGCGGGAGAUUCACCGAAGUGUAUGCAGUCUUUACAAAGCUAUGAUGGCUAAGGAAGAAGAGCUCGAGAUAAAAAUCUUUGCUUUCCCUUGUUUUGCCGAAAACCCGUGUGAAUGGCUCGGAUCGUUAGGUAUCCACAAGAAGGGAAUGUGGAGAAGGAAAUGCCAUUGCUACUCUCACUGGCCUUUCGGUCUCUUACCCUUUUCCUCGGAUUCACUAUAUGAGUCAUGGGGAGGGCUCAGAAACGAAGAGUACCCACAAGAUUUACCGUUUCAGAAUCAGGGCAACGGGAUUGGACCAGGUCCUAUCCUCUUGUCAGAUUGGUCAGAAUACUACAAACUUCGAUCUUUGUCACCCUCGAGCCCAGUAGCCGACAUUUUAUCCCAUCCAUUAACCCUUUACCACAUACUAACAACGCUGAGUGUGCAUUCAAAGAAUCUCUUGCUCAGAGGAAAAGAAGUGAACGUCCAUUACUUGGGUCCAGAACCCGAGCUCGACUGGAUUCAGGCAUUCGCAGAGAUUGGUCACUUGCUCAAAGGUACAGGAACAGUGAAGAUAACGAUGGUCGGACCAGAAGUUCCAUCCGACAUGUCUGGUACGACGCGAUCAAGCAGCAAUAGCAGCAUAGUGAAGGUACACUUUGUGAAAGGGCUAUACCAAGAGGAGGCGGCUUAUCUGGCUUCACCAGACGUGGUCGUGGCCUUGAACUGCGAUCUGGACGGGUUCUCUAGCUGGGAAGGAGCUCUUGAAGUGAUGAACAAGAUGGGUUUUUUGGGUUUCUUCACUAAUAAAACCGAGGAUUCUUGCAGGAACGCAAAGGCAAGCUUGAGAAGUGCAGGGAUGGAGAUAUCUUAUCCAGUUUGUCCGAACCCUUUCCGGUCACCGGUCAGAACUUUCGAAGGAUCCAACAAUCUUCCAUGUUACAGUAAUGCUUUCAUCCUCGGAGUGAACACAUGACAGAUUCUCGUCUCCGUGUUUCUAUCUUUUGAGCAUGGACUUCACUUGGGGCAAGCCAAGAUGUUUCAGUAGAAACUUCCUGUUGUUACAUGUUUAGAACCACAGACUACGUGUCGUUUUCCUUGCGGAAAAACAACGAGACGUGCCAGGAUGGCUCGAGGCCGUAAUCAGAAUAAUAUUCAGAUAAUUUAAUAUUAUAUUGCAUGUGGUA